AUGGAAAAGAUUAUCUUCUACGAGGACAGAAACUUCCAGGGUCGAUAUCAUGAGAGCAGCAAUGACUUCAGCGAUCUGCACACAUACGUCAGCCGCUGCAACUCCAUCAAAGUCCUGGGAGGAUUCUGGGUGGUGUAUGAGAAACCAAACUUCAUGGGCCACCAGUAUGUGCUGAGCCCAGGGGAGUAUCCGGAACACCAGUACUGGCUGGGCAUCAACGAUGCAGUCAGGUCUUGUCGAGUGCUUAGGCAUGUGGGGAAUGAAUGGAGGAUGAAGAUUUGGGAGAAGCCAAACUUCGAGGGCGAGUCUGUGGAGCUCUCAGACAACAUGCCCACCUUUAGUGAGCGAUGGCAGAGCCGCGAUGUUCAGUCAUGCAAAGUGUUUGAGGGGGCUUGGAUUUUCUAUGAGCAGCCCCACUACAGGGGGCGCCAGUACCUACUGGAGAAGGGAGAAUACAGACGGUACUCUGAGUGGGGGGGCAGGCAGCCCAAUGUGGGCUCUGUGCGGCGGGUGAAGAGCUAA